CUCUCUCCUUCCUUUUCUUAAUGUGUGUGGUGCAACAAAUAAAAGUUAGAGAGAGAGAGCACCAGGAGAGAGAAAGCGAGGAGAGAGAAAGAGAAAACAAUUUUUUCUUGGGGUUUGCAGAGUAGCAUCCCUUCCCUCUUAAGGGCUUUGCUUUGCACUCUCCCACCUUCUAAAUCUGGCCCUCUCCCUCACUCCUCAAAUCCCUCUCUCUGUUUCUCUCUCUUCUCAUCUUUCUCCGUCUACCUUCUUCCAUCUGCUCUCUUUCUCUCUCCACCUCCGUCUGAGAUUGUUGUAGUUGUUCUUUUUUCCUUGUUUGAAACGAUGAGGAUCAGGAAGCGACAGGUGCCGUUCCCUCUGUCGUCUCUCUCGCCGGUGCCUCUCUCAGAUCUCAGGCUGAGCCGGUCGCCGGAGGUGCAACUGCACCACCACUGCCAAGACGAACCUUCUCCUCCUCCUCCUCCUUCGCCGCCGCCGCCGCCGCCGCAUCAGCAGCAGGUCCCAAAAGGGUCCCGACCCGAUCAUCGAAAUCCCCCUCCGGAGCUCCAUUCUCGACUCUCCGAUCAGCCGAAUCAGAGCUUCCCCGAUCUCCGGGCCAUCAUCGCCGGCUACCCCAGAACGGUGAAGGAAAAAGGGUGUCAUUCGGAGGAGCUUGAAGGGGGAGAUCAGGUGGAGCGUAAGAUCAGUAGCAGUAAUGAUACCAGCAGCAUGGGAGGCCUCUUGGGUGCACCACCACCACCGCCACCAGCAACAACCGAUGGGGCUUCAGAUCAAGCAGUGGGCGAGAGGUGGCGUGAAGGGGAUAAGGCAGUUCCACUGAAGAAGAGGAUUAGAGGGAGCUUCGAGCGAGCAGCACUGAACAUUAACCAGGAAACAAUAAUGGAUCACAAGGACAACAAUAAUAAUACUAAGGAGAAGAAGAUGAAGAUCGGUGCCACUAGCAGCAGCAGCAGCAUCAACAACAACAUGAAGACCAAGACCAACAAAAAAUGCACUAGUGAUCAUCAGCACGAGCAAGAUCAUCAUCAUCAAGAUGAAAACGAAACGAAAGAAACCCCAAAAGGACCGCCGCCCAACGGCACGCUUGCCGACCAAAAGCCAAAGAAGAAGGCUCGAGGUGGUGCACUCAUGGAGGGAUCGAGGUGCAGCCGCGUCAACGGGCGCGGCUGGCGUUGCUGCCAGCAGACCCUAGUGGGAUACUCCCUCUGCGAGCACCACCUUGGGAAGGGGCGGCUCCGGAGUAUGACCAGUGUACGGAGCCGCCCUACCGUUGCAGCUGCCACGGCUGCACCGCCAUCACGGCCACUGCCCCCACCGCCGCCACUGGUGCUACCCAAUGGGGAGCACAAUGAUAAUUUUACGAGUGCUUAUAGAAGCCAAAAGCAUUAUAGGGAUUACAUGGUAGACAUGGAUGACGAUGAGGAUUAUCGCGAAGAGGACGAAGACGAAGAAGAUCGAACUGAUAAUCCAUGGAUGGUGUCGAAAAGGAGAAUGAGAAUUGGGAUGGUGAAGGCUCGGUCGUUAAGCAGUCUGCUUGGCCAAACCAACACUGGUUGCAGCAGCGGCAGCAGCUGAUCGAUCAUCUGCUAUAUAUAUGCAAGGUGAAGUCAUAUAUAUAUAUAUAUAUAUGUAGAUGUUGGUGCAAGAUCAAACUGUUGUUUUGUUAAUUUUGGGAUAAAUUGUGAGCCAGUUUAUGCAUUAUAAUUAAGGGUUUAAUUUGUUUUUUUAAGUGGUGGUAAUUAGUUAAAGAAUUUGGGAGUUAGCUA